GCGACAUCAGCACCUUCGCUGCGCCGACCACCACCAUCAGCAGUCAGCUGCAUACAUUGAAGACCGAGGUCCAGCAGCUGCAGACGACGAACGGGGAUGGCAAUCCGAAGAUGUAUAAGAUGCCAACCUUCAAUCUGGAGAGGUUUGACGACUACACGCAGCAGGAUCCGGUCCUCUGGUGGGAAGCAUUCACAACGCAAAUCAGGAUUCUGCCCGUAGCCAAGCAUGCGUACAUCGGCAUCCUGUUCCUGAACUCAAAGGGCGGAUGCCAGACCUGGUUGAGCCACCUGGCAACCUCCCAUGGCGUCGACGUACCAGACUUGAAGGACGUAAUCACAUGGGAGGAACUGACACGGCUGUGGAAGAAGCGGUUCAUCGUCGACGACGCGCCGACACUCGCCAUCAACCGUUUGUUCACCAUGUCACAGGGCAACACAGCAACACGGGACCGGCUCACGGAGUGGCAGAAGAUUGCGGCUGUGCCAAAUCUGAACUUACCAUUUGAGCAUCUACGCCGUGAGUUCUACAACAGGUCUUGUGCUGCAUUGAGCCAGGCUCUUGGUGAUCGCGAGCAGUACUCAACCUUCGCGGAGAUCAUUGACAAAGCGAGGGAGAUCAUCAAGACCAACAGGUCAGCUGCACACGAGAAAUCAACAUCAUGGCAGCCGACCUAUGUGGAGAAGGWACGAACUGGUCCGCGACAGCAGCACUUCGCUGCAGUCCAGCAGGACAGUGGAGAUAACCCAGCAGCCACUCCAGCAUCAAUUUUCAUGGGUCAAGUUUGGCUUGACCGAGGCGGAGUACAAGGUCCGCGGCCGCUACGGCAACUGCUAUUGGUGCAACAGCACCAAGCACAAGACCUCCCUGUGCCAAGAUCAGGGCAAGGAGGAUGUGCGACCCCGCCUCAGCUCGGGAAACUGAGCUUCGCGGAAGGUGAGGCGACUCCACCUUCUACUCCGCCAGAUUCGGUCGCCUUGCUAGCGGCCUCCUGCACAUCUGGGGAGGAUGCGAAUGUCGCAAGUCCUCGGUACACUUACGAGGACUAUGCUGUCCACUUGGACCAACCACUCCACGUGCAACAGUUCACCGCAUGCACGGUUUCAUCACCAUCGGCAACCGAUUCGGCAGCUUCGCCGCAAUCUAUCGUCGGGGAUUCGACGUCAUGGUCAAGACUUGAUGAGCUCGACCAGUUGACGUUCACGGACUUCCAAUGGAUGCCCGUUCCCUCGACCGGACGAUUGCCGAAACCGCAUUGCAACGUGCUUAUGGCACAAUUGCGUGACUGCUUGCACACUGCAGUACCAGCUCCGUUGAUGGACGUCGGAGUAGAGGUUGUCGACCUUCACGUUUACAUCGCGAAGAUCGACCGCGAGUUCAAGACACAACGGACUUCAUGGUACGCGCCGGCCUUGGCCCACGUGUCCGGAGGAAGUCCCAGCCUACGCAAGUCACUCUGGCAGACGGUCAUACGCACAAGUCAUCGACCGGUUCUCUUCGUCCGGAAGAAGAACAAGGACCUGCGGUUGUGCAUCGAUUAUCGCAAGCUCAACGCACAGACGAUCAGGAACGUCGGCCCUCUCCCACGCAUCGACGACCUUCUCGAGCGAUUGGGCGGCGCCCAGUUCUUCUCUAAGCUGGAUCUCAAGUCAGGGUACCACCAACUCGAGAUUCGCAAGGAGGAUCGCUACAAGACCGUGUUCAAGACUCGGUAUGGGCAUUUCGAAUGGCUGGUCAUGCCAUUUGGCCUUACGAAUGCCCCAACCACUUUCCGAGCGGUUAUGACGACGGAGUUCCGACACAUGCUGGAUCAUUUCGUGCUUAUCUACCUCGACGGCAUUCCGGUUUAUAGCCGGAGUCUGGACGAGCAUGUGGAACACCUGCGCACCGUUUUGGAGCGGCUACGACAGGCCAAGUACAAAGCAAACUGCGACAAGUGCGAGUUCGCACAGCAGGAGCUGGAGUACUUGGGACACUAUGUGACGCCGCAAGGCAUCCGUCCGCUUGCGGACAAGAUCGAGGCCCUACGAGUAUGGCCCGAGCCCACCAACACCACGAACGUUCGUUCAUUCAUGGGGUUGGCGGGCUACUAUCAGCGAUUCAUCACCGGAUACUCCAGGAUUGUUGCACCUAUGACGAGGUUAUAGUCGCCAAAGGUGCCAUUCGUAUUCGAUGACGACGCACGCCAAUCAUUCCAAGCACUUAAGACGGCUAUGCUCAUGGCACCCGUCC